AUGUCAAUAUGUUCGUAUCUAUCUAUCUUAGUCUAUUACUCUCUCUCUCUCUCUCUCUCUCUCUCUCUCGCUAUCUGUCUGCCUAUCUAUCUUUCUCAGUCUAUCUAUCUAUCUAUCUAUCUAUCUAUCUAUCUAUCUAUGUCAGCCUAUUACUCUCUCACUAUCUAUCUAUCUAUCUACCUAUCUAUCUCGUCUAUUAAUCUCUCUCACUAUCUAUCUAUCUAUCUAUCUCAGUCUAUUGCUUUAUUUCUCUCUCUAUCUCUCUCUCUCUCUCUCUCUCUCGGUAUCUAUCUAUCUAUCUAUCUAUCUCAGUCUAUUAAUCUCUCUCACUAUCUAUCUAUCUAUCUCUCUCUCUCUCUCUCUCUCUCGGUAUCUAUCUAUCUAUCUAUCUCAGUCUAUUACUUUAUUUCUCUCUCUCUCUCUCUCUCUCUCUCUCAGUAUCUAUCUAUCUAUCUACUUAUCUGCCUGUCUUCUUUAUUCUCUUCAUAG